AUGUGGCUCUUCCAAUUAGCGUCUUUGCUCGCUCUUCUGAUUCCGCUAACAAAUACCAUCUUAGAAGAUGAUAUUUUAUACGAUAUUAAAUGGCUGCCGGAAGUGACAUCGCCGAUUGAAGUGGAUCACAGCUACACAUUUACGUCUAAACGAAAAGAGAAUUAUCUAUGUGUUUUGCCAAAGACUGAAACAAUUGUUCAAACAUCUACUGAAACCAUUGCAUUCUCAGAAGUCGUGGCUUUAUUACAAAGUUUACAUGCAAAGAAGUUAUGCGCAUAUCGAUUAGACCCAUAUUGGACUUAUGAGCUAUGCCAUGGUGUUCAUAUCCGACAAUAUCACGAUACAAAAGUAGCUGGAAAAAAAUCGAUUUUGUUAGAAUAUUACCUAGGAUAUUAUCAUUCGGACAAUCAGGAUAUAAUCACUGAUUCAGAUGGAAGACAAGUAUUACAAAUACAGUAUAAGAAUAUUGAUAAUAAGAAAACGCCAUCAUUAGCUGUUCGAUAUACAGAUGGCACACCGUGUGAUAUUAAAUCAAAUCAACCACGCGAAACUGUCAUAUACUAUGUGUGUGAUGAACGAGGUAAUGAUGUUAUAUUGAAUUUCGAAGAAAUCUCGACAUGCUACUAUGAAAUGACGGUCGCAUCACGAUGGCUCUGUAAAUUACCAGCGUUCAGUCCUACGGAAGCCAAUCGAUACAAUAUCAACUGCUAUGCCAAAGAGAAUGCUCGUCAAAAGCCUCGAAGUUUGAAAAAUCUUGAGGACGAACGACAAAUGUCAUUGAAAAAAGGCGGUCGUACACAAUUCACGAUGACAAGCGCGGAUGGAACAACAUUCAUCAUUGCAUAUCAAUAUGCGAACGAUGGCGAUCUCGAUGAACCGACCGAAGCAGUCGCGCGUGAAUUAACAAAUAAAGCUGCUCAAAUAAGUUCGACUGAACAUUUUGUCGCGCCAAACGAACAACCUGUCCGACAAACACCGGCACAGCAGCAACAAGCACCAAUGGGAAAUCUAGGCAGUGAUGUUGAUCGUGAAUUUCUUGAAGGUUUUUUAUCUGGCCGGGAAUGUUUGCCCGGUGGCACCGGUUGGUGGCGCUAUGAAAUCUGCUAUGGUAAACAUGUGAUACAAUUUCACGAAGAAGGACAACAUCGUACAUCGAUUUUACUUGGUACAUGGAAUCGGCAGAAACACAUAGAAUGGUUAAAUAAAAACCCAAAGAAAAGACUUGCAGGAAAUAUUCGAGACCGACAAUUUGUUUCACUAUAUUAUACCGAUGGUGAUACAUGUGACUUAACUAAGACUCGACGUGUUGUUGAAGUUAAAUUACGUUGUGCUAAACAUAUGGAUAAAUCUCAUGCAACAUCUAUGUAUCUAGUUGAACCGGAAACAUGUUCUUAUGUGAUGGGAGUUGAAUCAUCAUUAUUUUGUAAUUUAAUUGAUUAUACAGAUGAAUACGGUAUACCUGAUCGCGAAAAAUUGAUUAAACGUUUUCAACAACAACAGCAACAACAACCGGAGCAAUAA